GCAACUACUGCUCUCUGGAGAUCUCUCUCUCUCUCUUGGUUUGCUCUUGAGUCGCUAAACAGUCACACCAUCAUACAUACGCGAUAGCCACCGGCCAUGUCCGCCGCGGUGACGGCGCCACCGUGCCACAGCCGGUCGUCCCCUCUCAAGCCCAACGCGAGGUCGACGCCAAGCGCCGGCAAGCCAGACGCUUUAUCCACCAGAACGCACCUCGCCAACCUCGACCGCCUCCUCGUCCGGCCGCCGCCGCUCCCGUUCCCGCUCCAGCCCAAGAAACCGCUUGCCGAGGAGCCCGGCGACGGGGAGGCUACCCCCAACGACCGCAGUGGCCGCGGCGGGCUCCUCAACGCGCUGAACCUGUCCACGUUCCUGCCGUUCACCCGUAAGCCUGCCGUGGACGAGAUGUCCCCGCGCAACCUGGCGCACCUGCAGCGCCUCCUCACGCUUUCGCCACGGCCGUCGCCCAAGGGCUCCAUCGCUGGCGAGUGGUGGAGGUACCACGGCGAGGGCGGGUGGGAGGGCCUCCUCGACCCGCUCGAUCAGAACCUGCGCCGCGAGAUCCUCCGGUACGGCGACUUCGUGCAGGCCGCGUACACGGCGUUCCACUCCAUGCCAGAGGCGGAGGUGGCGACCUCCCACGGUCAGCACCGCACGCUCGUGCUCCCGGACAGCUCGUACCGCCCGACGCGCAGCCUGUUUGCCUCGUCGUCGCUGUGCAUCCCGCCGUGGGCGCAGCGGCGGUCGACGCCCAGGUGGCUCACGCAGCGCUCCAGCUUCGUCGGCUACGUCGCCGUCUGCGACAACGAGCGGGAGGUCCGGCGCAUGGGCCGGCGCGACAUCGUAAUCGUCCUACGCGGCACUGCCACGUGCCCUGAGUGGGCCGAGAACCUCCGCACGGGCCUCGUCCCGCUCACCGCGGAUGACGACGCGUCGGCGCCGAAGGUGGCCAAGGGAUUCCUGAGCCUGUACAAGACGGCCGGUGACCACGUGCCCAGCCUCUCGGACGCCGUAGUGGAGGAGGUGAAUCGUCUCUUCGAGGUCUACAAGGGUGAGGAGCUCAGCAUCACGGUGGUCGGCCACAGCCUCGGCGCGUCUCUGGCCCUCCUCGCCGCCGACGAGCUCAGCGCGUGCCUCGCCGCCAACAAGGAUCAUCGGCCGCCGCCCAUCUCCGUGAUCUCCUUCGGCGGCCCGAAGACCGGCAACCGCGCGUUCGCGGAUCGGCUGCAGCCCGAGCGCGGCGUCAACGUGCUGCGCGUGGUGAACGCGGGCGACGUGGUGACGCGCGUGCCGGCCCCGAUCGCUCGGGAAGGGUACGUGCACGCGGGCGCGGAGCUGAGGCUGGACAGCCGCGACUCGCCGUGCCUGCGGCCCGACGCGGGCCCGGCGUGCUGCCACGACCUGGAGGCGUACCUGCACCUGCUCGACGGGUUCGCCGGCUCCGGUAGGCCGUUCCGCGCCGACGCGAGCCGCAGCGUGGCGCUGCUGCUCACGUACCAGCGGCCCAACGUGAAGCGCGCCUACGUGGAGCGCGCGAGGAUGCUCGGGUUCGAGCCGGCCACGCCGAGGACCGCCACCGCCAACCCUGCCGUUGCCGACGGCCAGUACGGCUACUUGGCCAGUCCCACCUGAUCCGACCCCUGAUCUUCUCGCUCUGGACUGAGCUAACAUGCAUGCAUGCUCCUGUGCUUUUGCUCAGAAAUUCCAUGCUCAAACUCGAUCGAGGCUGUACCGAAUCACUCUGUAAAUCUGCCUCUGUACAUUUGGCCAUCACGCAGCAUGCAUGAAUCGACGAACUGAUCGCUUGCAUUAUCGUCCUUGUAUUUGAGCUUAUUAAUGCAAUGCUUAGGUGCUAAUCGCAUGAUCUAAAAACAAAAGGAGACGAAAUUAUCGAGAUGGUGGCUUAUUAUCAAGGUAGGUGUUGGAAAAUCUGACGAGUGGGUCCGUUGUUAAUAAAAAUAUAUAUGCUGGAACCUGUGAAUAGCCCAGUUAUUGU